UAAUUCGUACAUUGUACGUGCGUAUAGCAAUAACACAUAAGUACUGACACUAGUAAAUCGUAACGACAGCUCUUCAGAAAUCGUUAUCUAAAGUGAGAUCUGUUAGAUAUAAAGUUUUAAGAGAUUAAUCAUGAGGCUUAAUUCGAUGUUUCCCAAUUUUGAAAUUGACUCUACUAAGGGGAAAAUUAAUUUUUACGAUUGGCAGGGAGAUUCAUGGGUCGUUCUAUUUUCUCAUCCUGCUGACUUUACACCGGUUUGCACCACCGAAUUGGGUCGUUUAGCAGUGCAUCAAUCCAGUUUUGCACGCCGAAACACAAAACUGUUAGCUCAUUCCGUUGACAAAUUACAGGAUCAUAUUGAUUGGGUUAAUGAUAUUAAAUCAUAUUGCAAGGACAUUCCUGGGGACUUCCCAUACCCAAUUCUUGCCGAUCAUGAUCGUAAACUGGCAGUGAAGUUGGAUAUGAUCGACGAAGACAGCAAAGAUGAUCCGGAAAAAGCUCUAACUGUUCGUGCUUUGUACAUUAUAAGCCCCGAUCAUCGUUUACGUUUAUCGAUGCAUUAUCCAACGUCCACUGGACGCAACGUAGAUGAAAUACUGAGAGUUAUAGAUUCCUUACAACUUGUCCAUAAGAGACCAGAAAUAGCAACCCCUGCUAACUGGGUGCCUGGUGAAAAAGUUAUGAUACUUCCAACUGUGAAAGAUGAAGAACUCACUAAACUUUUCCCCAAAGGAGUAGACAAAGUAUCAAUGCCUUCUGGAAAGGUUUACGUACGCACAACCACAGAUUAUUGAAUGCCUUCAAUAAUUCAUCAAUGAAUGAUUUCGUAUUAAAUAAUGUAUUAUCUUUUGUACAUUUCUCACUCAUGUAAUGUUAUGUUAAAAUUGAUAGUUUGUUGAAUAUAUCGAAUAAAGAUAUAAUUUUUUUAA